AUGUUCAAGGAUCAACCUGAAAAUGUCGUUACUUUUACAAAGUUUGUGCAAUCAGCGUUUAAUCUCUUUAUUCAAGAAAAUCUUUUGAAUAAAGAGGUGAUUGAUGCUGUCAAGAAUCUAAAUAAUAUAACAGUUGACAUGAAGAUAUUUGCAGCUGAUGGAAGAGAUGUCUUGCAAAAAUUGGAUAUUAGAACACUUGAGGAAUUGCAAGAAGGUUUACCAUAUGAACAGACAAAUUAUAAAACUCCAAAUGAAAUUCAUAAUUCUGAGUCUGAUUCCGUAACCUCAGUAAGCGAUGAUAACAAGUCAAUUAUGAUUAAAGAAGUUAAACGACAGAUAAGAAGGAUAAUAAAUUAUAUGUAA